AUGGCCGAGGAAGUAGCUCGUUCACGACAAUAUGCUUAUCAACAGAACUCUAAUCUUGUAUUACAAGCAGAUAGUGAAUCAAGGCGUCGACUUGAUGAACCAACAGGUGAAGUUGAGUCAUUAGUUGGUAAAAUUACGUACCGAAUGGGGGAUCGAGCACAGAAAGCAACACCAGAGAGCAGUCGGAAACGUCCUAGUCAUACUAGUACGAAACAAGAGCUCGAUAUGAUACAAAAGAAGAAGAAGAAGAAACGACAUGGUGAGGUAGAAGACGUGAGGAGUCAUGGCCGAGAGGGUGUUGUCUUUACAGCUACGGGUGGUUUAGCAGCUGGGAAGAGUAAUAUACUGAAAGAGAGUCGAGCUUAUGAAUCAGCUGCAUAUCGGCCACGUAAUACGACGAGUUUAGAAGCCUAUGAGCAGAUUCUGAGUGUUGUUGCGGAUCAAAUUGGAGCACAACCUGGAGAAAUUCUGGCUGGAGCGGCUGAAGAAGUAUUGGCAAUUAUUAAGAACGAGACGUACCGAGAUGAUGAGAAAUAUGAGGAAGUACGGAAACUACUAAAGAGCAUUACGACACACACUUUUAGUCAAGUGGUAGCAGCAGGGAAAAAGAUUACGGACUUUUACACGGAAAAGGAAGAGAAGAAGAAAGAUGAAGAUGGAGAAGAGACGACGUUAGUUGAGAGUGAUGAAGAAGUGGACAAGGAAAUGGGUGUAGCUGUGGUUUUUGAUGAUGAAGACGAGGAGGAAGAAUCCGAUCUGGAUGAAGAUGAAUAUGACGACGAAGAGGACGGAGAUGUCAAGUACAAGCUUGAUGUACAUGUGAUCGAUGCAUUCUGGCUUCAGCGAGAGCUGUCGAAAUUUUACAAGGAUGCAGAGAUAAGUGCAAAACUUGCUGAAGAUGUGCUGAGUAUUUUGAAGCAAGCGGGAAAUGACCUUAGUGCUUGUGAAAACAGACUCGUACUGCUGUUGGACUAUGACAAGUUUGACUUUAUCAAACUCUUGCUUGAAAAUAGAGCAAAGGUAUUGUACUGUACAAGACUGAAACAGGCUCAGAAUGAGGAGGAACGGCAUAGUAUUGAAGAGGAGAUGGUUGGCGACGAGACGCUAGAUGACGGCGAAGGAAAUGCUAUUCUAGACCAGCUGCGCACGACAGCAUCGGCUGACUCGUGGAUGCAAGAUCGCAUCGGCGCAAUGGAGACUACGUCUCGUGCGGAGGCCAACAAACUGCGCAAAUUGCAACAGAAGCCUGACGGUCAGCGCACGCAGGCUCGCGGCGACGAGUCGGAUGAUGACGUCGAUAUGGAUGACGUGAGUAGGGAUGCCGCUGAAGAGAGAAGAGAAGCUACAUCGAAGAGAAAGCCACAACGUUACGUGGAUGUUGAGUCACUAGCAUUCCAGGAAGGUGGCCACUUGAUGAGCAACCGUGAAUGUCGCUUGCCAGAAGGUACAUGGCGUGCGCAGAAGAAGGGAUACGAAGAGGUUCACGUUCCUGCUGUUCGCACAAAGAUUGCUGUGGCUGAAGAGAAAGCGCGGAUCAAGAUCUCGACGCUGCCAAAGUGGGCACAGGGCGCGUUUAAUGGCAUGGAGUCGUUGAACCGUGUGCAGUCAAAAAUGUUUCCCGCGGCCUUUAAAACGAGUGAAAAUCUGCUGUUGUGUGCGCCGACGGGUGCGGGUAAGACGAACGUUGCAAUGCUGACAAUUUUAAACGAGGUCAUGAAGGCUCGUGAUCCCGACACUGGCAAAAUUGAUCUUGAUUCGUUUAAGAUUGUUUACGUGGCUCCAAUGAAGGCCCUGGUACAAGAAGUUGUGCUUAAUCUUUCUGCUAGAUUAUCUAGUGUCUACAACAUCCAAGUGCGUGAGCUAUCAGGAGACCAAAAUUUGUCUCGAGAGCAAUUAUUUAACACACAGAUCAUUGUCACGACACCCGAAAAAUGGGACAUCAUCACGCGAAAGUCUGGAGAUGAUCGCACGUACACUCAGCUUGUGCGUUUAGUGAUCAUUGACGAAAUCCACUUGCUUCACGACACGCGCGGUCCAGUGUUGGAGGCUCUGGUUGCCCGAACGAUUCGCAAUGUGGAAGCCACACAGCAAAUGGUUCGUCUAGUUGGUCUCUCCGCCACACUACCAAACUACGAGGAUGUCGCAGCGUUCCUUCGCGUCGAUCCUGCGCAAGGGUUGUUCUACUUCGAUUCCAGUUACCGCCCUGUGCCGCUUCAGCAGCAGUAUAUUGGCAUUAUGGAAAAGAAAGCAGUCAAACGUUUUGCGUUGAUGAAUAACAUUUGCUAUGAGAAGGUAAUGGAGCAGGCAGAACUGGACAAUCAGGUCCUUAUUUUUGUGCAUUCGCGAAAGGAGACUGCGUCGACAGCAAAGGCGCUGCGAGACUUGUUUGUCGAGAAUGAUACACUCACCCGUUUGAUAAAACCAAACUCUGCCUCUAGCGAGGUACUGUUACAGGAAGCUGAAAAGAUUGAGCGCAAUGAUGAUUUGAAGGACCUUCUUCCUUAUGGUUUUGGUAUACACCACGCUGGUAUGAAGCGACAAGACCGCACACUGGUGGAAAAUGCAUUUGCUGAUGGUCACUUGAAGGUACUGGUCAGUACUUCGACGUUGGCGUGGGGAGUCAACCUGCCGGCCCAUACGGUGAUUAUUAAAGGCACCCAGAUCUACAACGCAGAAAAGGGCGACUGGUGUGAACUAAGUCCGCUGGACAUAUUGCAAAUGCUUGGUCGUGCUGGUCGUGUGCAGUUCGACACACAAGGCGAGGGUAUCAUUAUCACUCAGCACUCACAACUGACCUAUUACUUAUCGUUAAUGAACCAGCAGCUUCCAGUGGAGUCACAACUCAUGGGGAAGUUGGCUGAUAAUUUGAAUGCUGAGAUUGUGGUGGGUAGUGUGCAGAACGUGGCACAAGCUGCGACGUGGCUAGGCUAUACGUAUUUGUUUAUCCGAAUGCUCCGUAACCCAACAUUAUAUGGCAUUUCCGUUGCUGACCGCAAGGCAGAUCCGACACUGCUACAGUACCGCACAGAUUUGGCUCACUCCGCUGCGACGCUAUUGGUGAAGCAUAACCUGAUCAAGUACGAGCGACGUUCAGGGUCGUUUCAAGUAACCGCGCUCGGUCGUGUUGCUAGCCAUUACUACAUUGCUCACGACUCGAUCAGUACGUACAACGAGUACCUGAAACCUCACAUGUCAGAUAUUGAAAUUCUGCGGCUAUUUUCUCUUUCAAAUGAGUUCAAAUAUGUGAUCGUUCGCUUAGAGGAAAAGCUGGAGCUGGUGAAGCUGUUGGAACGUGUACCUGUUCCGGUGAAGGAGUCCUUAGUAUCUUCAGCUCCUGGUAGUGUUGCGGCUGGAAGCGGCUCUGCAAAAGUGAAUGUUUUGCUGCAAGCUUACAUUUCGCGCCUGAGGUUGGAUGGGUUCGCACUUCUGGCAGACAUGGCGCAUAUUCAUCAAUCCGCAGCACGUAUUUUCCGAGCGCUUUUUGAGAUUUGUUUGACUCGAAGCUGGGCUUCGCUGGCUGAGCGGAUGCUUAGCUUUUGCAAGAUGGUCGACAAGCGCAUGUGGCUCUCACAUUCACCUCUUCGCCAGUUUGCCCCUGGACUGUCGGAGACAAUUUUGAAGAGGAUUGAAAAGAAAGACAUUACGUGGGAAAAGUACAACGACUUGGAACCUGCUGAUCUCGGCCAACUCAUUAACAACCCGCACUACGGCAAGCAGCUUUACAAAAUGAUCCAUCAGUUUCCAAAGCUUGAGCUAUCGGCUCAUGUGCAGCCGAUAACUUGCUCUAUGCUGAAGGUAGAUUUGGUCGUGACGCCCGACUUCGAGUUCACAAGGGAGGUACACGGAAACGCUGAGGGUUUUUGGGUGUUUGUAGAAGAUGUGGAUGGCGAGACGAUUCUUCACCACGAAUGGCUGCUGAUCAAGCGUCGAUUUGCCUUACAAGAGACGUAUCUUAGUUUCACGAUGCCGUUAUUCGAGCCUUUAGCGCCGCUGUACUAUAUAAAGGUCAUCUCGGACAAGUGGAUUCACUGCGAAAGCUCACUACCGGUUUCGUUCCACAAGCUUAUUUUGCCGCAGAAGAAUGCGCCUCCGACUGAAUUGCUGGAUCUUCAGCCACUCUUCGUCAGCAAUACUCUUUUGAAACUUGCGGGCGGCAAGAAGAAGACGACGGAGUCUGUUCUUAUGUCUUUAUCGGACGCUCGGCGAGUACCGAACCCAUGGCGGUUUAAGCGUUUCAACCCUAUCCAAACGCAGAUUUUGCCUCGUUUGCUGGAGUCAGACAGCAAUCUUUUCAUUGGGUCACCCCCGGGGAGUGGCAAGGGUGUUUUAGCGGAACUUGCCAUCAUGAAGACACUGUUUUCAUUAAACCAGCCUAAUCUUCAGGAUGAUGAGUUUGGUGAACACUUGAUUGUGUAUUUAACUCCAAAAGAGUCGAGUUGCCAUGAAAAGUACGAUGAUUGGAAUGCCAAGUUUGGCGAGCAGAGUUUUUGGCGACAAAAUGUGGUCGAGCUCUGCGGUGAUUCCACUGCAGAUCUACGAUUGCUUGCUAGUGCGAACAUCCUAAUUGCAACACCGACGCAGUGGGACGUGCUUUCUCGGCGCUGGAAGCAACGCAAGCGCAUGCAGAAUGUCAGCUUGUUGAUACUGGACGAGGCUCAUUUCGUGGGCGGCGGCGAAUACGGUCCCACAAUUGAAGUUGUGAUGUCGCGAAUGCGAUUUAUUGCUGCUGACAUGGAUAAGAAAAAGAAAGCAAACGGUGAGCGUGGCGGACGAAUGCGCAUCUUGGCUAUGAGUAACUCCAUAGCAAAUGCUCGCGAUGUCGGUGAGUGGCUCGGUGCUAGUGCUUCGGAAGGCAUUUUCAACUUUCACCCUAAUGUUCGCCCACAGCCUUUGGAGAUUCGAGUACAGGGCUUUGAGAUCAACGAUUUCUCGUCCCGAAUGCUAGCGAUGGCCAAGCCUAUGUACAACACUGUCGCAAAUCAAGCGGAGAAAAAGCCUGUUGUCGUGUUUGUACCGUCAGCGAAGCAGGCACAGCUGAGCGCGAUCGAUUUGGUCACGUUUUCUCUGGCCGAAAAUGACCCGCAGAAAUUUGUAGCGCAUUCAGAAAAGGAGAAAGUAGACUUGCCCGUGGAAGAUGCUGCGUUGCUACACACAAUGGAACAAGGCGUGGGAUAUUGCACAGAUCUGAUGGCAUCGCGAAAUCGCGAGUAUGUGUUGAACCGGUUUGCGACUGGCAAACUUUUGGUGUUGGUCGUCCCGCAUUCGAUGGCAUGGGAGCUGCGAAGUGCUCAGAUGAAUGCGUUCAUGGUUGUUAUAAUGGGCGUUCAGUUUUACGACGGUCGAGAACACCGAUAUGUAGACUACCAGCUGGCUGACGUAUUCCAGAUGACCAAGUUUGCGAAUCACACUGCUUCUCCUUCUGUGAAAUGUGUGCUCUUCUGUCACGCAUCCAAGAAAGCAUUUUAUGCAAAGUUCCUGUACGAUCCCCUUCCCGCGGAAUCACAACUUGAGCACUUUCUAAGCGACCACAUAAAUGCUGAGAUUGUAACGAAGACUAUUGAGAGCAAACAGGAUGCGGUAGACUAUCUGACGUGGACUUUUAUGUAUCGUCGGUUCAUGAAGAAUCCUAACUACUACAACUUACAGGGUGCUACAAACGUGCACCUGUCAGACCACUUAUCGGAACUUGUGGAAAGCACUGUAAAUGCACUGGAGGAGUCCCGCUGUAUUCAGAUUGUAGAGGAAGGGGAGGGCGAAGAAAACGAGGGUGAGGAACGUCUUGUGCCGCUUAAUCUCGGUAUGAUCGCAGCGUACUAUUACAUCAAGUAUACGACGAUUGAGCUGUUCGCAUGCAGCCUGAAGGCGGACUCGAAGAUACGCGCACUUUUGACGAUUCUGUCAUCUGCUACCGAGUUUAGUGAUCUACCGAGCCGAUAUGGCGAAGACAAAAAGCUGGAAGGACUUGCCAAACAUCUUAACUUUCCUGUGGCAGCUGGAGGGGAUUACGGACAAGCUCAUGUGAAAACAAACGUGCUGUUGCAGGUUCACUUCAGCAAGCAACACGACCGACUAAGUCCAGCAUUGCGUCAGGAUCUGGACUUUAUUUUGCGCCACGCCGUGCGUCUUCUGCACGCUAUGGUGGACGUGAUCAGUUCCAACGGAUGGCUCAAGCCCGCUCUAGCGGCCAUGGACCUCGCGCAGAUGGUUGUGCAGGCGCAAUGGAGUAGCGAUUCACCAUUACUGCAAAUUCCAUUCUUCACUAGGGAUGUACUCAAGAUACUGGGAGAAAUGGAAUUGGAAGAGGAGGUGGAAACACCUGUGGAUAUCUUGAGUAUGGAAGAUGACGCUCGCAACAAGCUUUUGCCCCUUGACACACAGAAAAUGUCAGCAGUCGCAAAGUUCUGUAACGCUUACCCGGAUGUGACAGUGCAGACGAUAAUCCAGCAAGACGGCAAGAACCUGCCGCAGAGCUCGACCGUUAGCGUUAAUGUGCAGCUCGAACGUGAAGGUGCUGAUGAAGACGAUGAAGAGGACGAGUCAAAGGAGCUAGGCCUUGUGAAUGCGUGCUACUACCCUGCGAAGAAGGGUGAGAACUGGUGGGUGGUACUGGGCGAUCCGAAGAAGAAUACGCUAAUGAGCAUCAAGCGAGUGCCUUUUGCAAGUGCACGGGUAAAUGUGGCGUUGCAGUUUACUGCUCCGGAUGAAGUUGGCACGCACGCCUUCCAAUUGUACGUGAUCUGCGAUGGCUACGCAGGCUGUGACCUUGAGAAUGAGGUCAAGAUCACAGUUGUCGAGGGCGAGGACACAGAUGAAGAAGAGGAAGAGGAAGCAGAGGACGAGGAAUAG